UGCUGAAGACACCCAGGCCUCACAAACAAUCUGUACUUGAUGUAGGCUAUUUUAUUUGACUGGAAUUUUGCUUAGCAUGGCAUCUUUUCUUAGAUAUGGCAUCACGCAAUCGACUACUCUGUGCUUCUCCAUCGCCGAGGGAAAGCAGAGCUCAGAGAGUGAUUACUACUGCCUGAAUCAGUCUUGUUUUCAUGGAAUGAACUGUCAGUCAGUGGAAUAUCAUCUCGCAUCUAGUCCAACACUUGCUAAAUGGUGAGUGGCUAGUCCGCCACACCCAGCCAGCGUUGCCAUGGACGCCUGUGCCCGUAUCCGAGGAGUUCCUCUCAGGACCAGAGCCUCCAUCAGGAAAGAGACAGUGCGUGACAGUGGGCCUCAGUGUGUGAAGAGCCUUCUGAGGAGCAGGAAGGAGCUGUGCAGCAUGGGACUGGAGCUACAGACCAGAGACACACCACGCCUGACUGAGAUCAAUUUUGUGUGUUUGCCUGGCCUCUCUGAAGGGGAGGAUCUAACUCUACAGGCCCUGUCGUCUCUCCCAGGGGACCUGGCGGAGCUCCUGACGUCUCCCCACGUUACCAGCCUGAGGAACGAAGAGGUGCUGCUGCUGAAGGACAGCAGGAAACCAGCCGACAGGAGGGACUCUACUACACAGCAGUGCUCGCUAAAGGCGGUGUGUGUUGUAAGGCACAGCUCCAGCCCGAGUCAGGCCAUUGUUGGUGUGUUGGUGGGCCUGCUGGGGCGUUAUGCUGCGGGGGUCCGUUAUGCCCUGGAGCUCCAGGCCCUCCACAGGGGCACGGCAGAACCCUGCCAGCCCGAGGACGAUGACACCAACCAGUCUGUGUCUUCCAUCGAAGAUGACUUUGUCACCGCUCUGGAACACCUAGAAGAGGAGGCCACUGGAGAGAAUAACAACGCCGAUGACUCUUAUCUCCAUGGAAACCACCGUGAUGUGGCCUCCCAGACAGUCCCUGCCCACAAGAGAGACAAGGACCUAUCAGGCUCCAGGAUCAUAAUCAGCUCUUCCCACAGGAUGUCCUCAACCAAUCGUAGGUCUCCUCCAGAGGUGUCCGUUACCGUACAGUGCUCCAGAAGGGCAGAUUCCCAGUGGACCCUCUGCAGCCCUAGAGCCCGGCUCCCCUCCCCCACACGUCCUGUCAGCGAAUCAGAGGAGUCGGACGGGUCCAGCCCUAGUCCAAUCAUCUUCCUAGAUGAGGUUGGCUACCAGAAAAGUCUCAAAGCGACACUGGACAUCCCUCAGAUCCCCGGGGGGCCGACGGACAGGGUGGAGGACUCUGACUCUGAGGUCAGCGAGUUCUUCGACAGCUUUGACCAGUUUGACGACCUAGACGAGCUGAGCUCAGAGAGCUGUACACUCACCUUGCCUUUAGACCCGACUUCCUCUGUUAUCAUUACCGGCCCAGACCAGAAGAAGAAGUACUCUGGUACUGGCAAGUCAGGGUCCAAGAAAGUGUCCCGAAGCUGUUCCACCAUGAACCCUCACCGGUUUGACCAGCGCACCCUCCCUGCGAAUGUGAAGAAGCCCACCCCACUCAGAAGUCCACUCCCCCUUGGCUCUCCGUAUGGAUCCCCUGACUCCCCCCGGCCGGCCCGGACCUCCUGUGAGGAAGGUGGAGGUCCUCUGUUCAGCCCCGUUAGCUCCUCAGCCUUCAGCCCACUCGGAGAUGGAGCUCUGGAUUACUUCUGGAAGACAGAGGGAGAUGAUUCAGAGCUAAAGAAACCCCAGGACCUGUGUUCCCUCUACAAGACUUACUCAGACUUUGCCAGCAGUCUGUCCAAGGAGAUCCUGGGCUCCGUGUGUGGAUACCAGUCUCCCGUGGACCUCAACGACAACAAGAACCUGAGCUGUGUCUGUCACAAGGAGUUCCAGAACCAGUCUGGACACGUCAUGAAGCUGUCUGAGAUCCAGGAGACUGUGACUGUCUCCAAGCUACAGCCUCUGAAGGAUGGCAUCCAGAGGUUCGCUACAGACUUGGUAGAGAUGAGUCUGGGCAGCGCUCUGAGAGACCUGCAGAAGGGAGUGUCCUCUUGCACCACCACCCUCUGCCACCUGGCUGCCAGACUCACCUCGUCUGUCUUCCAGAUGGCCUUCCAGGAGAUCGGCAUGCGCCGCGCCUUCGUCCUGAAGGAACGGGCCAUCAACGGGCUGGCUGGGUUCCUGGUGGGAGAGGCAGUGUCGGGCGCUCUGAAGGACUUCUUGACCGUGAAGAAGCAGAUGUUCAACAGCACCGUGACUCAGUUUGCCGCCGACCUGGCGGAGGAACUAGUGUAUGAGGGGAUGAUGGAAGUGUGUCAGUUCUCCCACCCCUCCACCCCCCUCACCCCCAGUGACUGGUCCUUCAGCGUGGGGGAGGAGGACGAUGAGGAGGUGGUGUCCUCCUAUGCCUCGGACCUCUCUGAGUCUGUCCUCCAGGAGGCCUUCAUCGAACUGUCCCAGGCUGACGUGGCCUUCACCACCCAAGCAGCCAUCAGUGUCUCUCUGGACAACAUAUUCAACGUCAGCACUGACGAAACACACACUACCUGCAGUACUGCUGCUGACCACAAGCCUAACCCUGCCGAGGAAGACCCAGGUCCAUCAGGGGAGGAUGGCUGUACUGUGAAGAAGGCUCUGUUCUGUGUGUCUGGGAUGGCCAGCUGUGUACCUGUCCCCCAGGCAGGCCAGGCCCUCUUUCACGACUCAGAAGAGAUCUGCCAGUGUAAGAUCAGCCUGGCCCACACCUCCCAGAACAGCCCCAAGAGGAGCUGCAGCUCAGAGAGCAGAAUGGUGACCACAGCCGCCUCUGAUGCUACUGCUGCCACACAGACUGACCUGCUGCCAAAGACCCCCUUUCACAACUUCUCUGGCAACAUGGUGGAUAUGAUAGUGAGUGAAGCGUGUGAGCUGAUGACUGCCACAAAGAUGAAGAAGAAGGUGGAGGACUGUGCUGACUUCCUUUCUAAAGCCAUUGUUGGUCGGGGACCUCCAUCCAGACAGGAGGGUACUGUUACUGACCAGACCUCCCACUCCUCUCUCCAUCCUCAUUCUCAGAACCCAGGGAGAGUGACCUGUGAGUCAGGCUCCAGGACCAGCAGAGCUGUCUCAGAGACCCGGCCUGUGAUGAUGAAGGACACUCCAGAGAUUCCAGGGUUGGAGAUGGACGGCCGGGAAGGCAGGAAGAUGGCCUCCGGUGAGGAGAUGGUUCCCGGCACUGGUUGCAAGUCCAGCGGGACCCCUGGUACGCCCCCCACCCCCCAGCAUCCCAACAAGGUGUCCCAGGAGAAGCAGAUCAAGCGGUUCUCCAAGAAGCUGAAAGGCAAACUGGCCAAGGAGUUCUCUCCUGCCACCCCACCUCCCACCCCACACUACCAGCCAGGGCCUGAGCCCAAGGAGUCUCCCUCUGAGAUGGACAAGGCUGACUUCAUGCUCAAACUGAUGAGGUCUCUGUCUGAGGAGGCAGACGGGAACGAGGAAGAGGAGGGUGGAGUAGAAGGGCUUAACUCUGGAACCGAGACAGGAAACUGUCCGCAGCCAGAACUCAACCUAUUGGUUGGAGGACACAAGAUGGCCGACAAGGGAGCCCUCCAUUAUGCAGAGCGCCUGGCGUGCCACAUCGUCUCCAUGGCGACAGAGAUGGACACCCUGGGAGUAGUGGAGGAUAGAGGUAGCAGGACGGUGGAGGAGAGAAGAGACAGCGUGGCCCAGUUCUCGGAGCAGACCCUGAACACGCUGUGGAUCUACGCUGGCGAGGUGGCGGGAGAGGUGAUCAGUGACGUGAAGAGGAUAAUGGGGUCAGGACAGUGUCGUCAAAGAUCAGUCAAACGAGCCAGCCAGGACUGGUCAGGGGAAUGCCCUCACCACCACAACCAACUCCAGCCCAGUGAACACAGCAGGGGGUGCAGAGUGGGUCAUCUGGCUGAACAGUGGUCUGGUGACCUCCUCUCCUCUGUCCUCCACCCGUCAAUUUCCACAUCUACUGCCAGCUCUGGCCUGUCCUCUGACUACCCCAGCUGUGAAAGUGUGACAGAUGAGUAUGCUGGCUACCUCAUCAGGCUGCUGAAGAAAGAGGGAGGCAGCAGGGAGCUGGUCCUGGAUCAGUAUGCCAGCCGUCUGGCCUAUCGCUCCAUCAAACUGGGCCUGGCCCAUGCUGCCCGCAACAUGAAGAAGAGACCCUCCUCCUCCAGGCACCACUCCUCCAGGAGGCUCCACCAGGAUGGCUGCAGGGGGCCCAACGCUGAGCUGUCUGUGCCCAGGGACGAAGCAGGGAGAGUGGGAUCUCCUUCCAGCGACUCUGAUGAUGGGAGCCAGAGGGAGUACAUAGAGCUGGUGAACUUCGCAGAGUCAUUGGCGUACAACAUCACCUGUGACGUCACACGCAAACUCUGUGUGUCGUCAGACCGACUACCCAAGUCCCUGACUGACUCGUGUCUGUAUCAGAAAUUCAAGCUGGAGGACAUGGCAGAGAACCUGAUCAGGAACUCCUUUUCAUGCCCCCUGCUGGCCAAUGAGGGAAAGGGCAGGCAGUUCCACAGCACAGGCUGCCUGGACGACGGAGGCUACAGCAGUGGAGUCAUGCAGGUCAUGGAGCACUAUGCCAGGAAGAUAGUGGACGACACGCUGGAGAUGGGCCUGGCCUCGGCCGGACACCCAGCCCAACAGGGUCCAGACAGACACGCCCACUCUGAGAGACCGUCUGAGGGGGGAGCAGUGGGCUCUGUGCUGGGGGAGACAACCUGCCGAUACUGCCAGGUCAUCGAGUGUCCGUUCUGCUCGUGGCCUAGCAGGCAGUACAUCCUUGGGGCAGGAGCAGGCCAGAGGAGGAGGCCAGACGGGGAGGUGGGGGUGUGUGGCCUGGACAUCCCUGAGAUCCACAUCGAUCUGGACCACAGGGCAGUGUUGGCAGAGGAGAUUGUCACUACGGCAAUGGAGGGGGCGAAACGAGAGCUGAGCAACACCAGCCUGAAUGCUGACAGCGGGAUCGGACACGACGGGCCAAGCUUUGCCGAGAGUCUGACCGCAGAGAUCAUGACGUCCGCGCUGUCCAACGCAUGCCAGACUGCCAACCUCAGCUCUCCAGGCAGGGAGGCCACAGAGUCCACGGUGUCCCAGCAGCUCAGUCUGAGUGUGGGAGAUGACAGUCUGGGCAGCUGGUCCAAUGUUAGCUUUGAGGACGAGCACCCCGACGAGACCAGCAGCUUCCUGCACCUCAGCGACAGCAAUGGGAACAGCAGUAGUUGGAGCAGCCUGGGGUUAGAGGGAGAGAUGUAUGAGGAGCACCUGUCCUUCUCUCCUUCCGACAGCGACUGCACUGAGGACAAGGAGCUUGAGACCAAGGAUGAAUCCUGCGGUUCUGUGCGUGUGGACCGGGUUCAGGCUCAGGCUCAUAGGCUCCUCCUGGUGGUCAACUCGGAGCUCAGGGAGAUUACCUCUGACCCACAGCACAUGACCUUUGACCCCCAGCUCAGGAGCAUGCUGCAGUGGGCGGCGGCCUCCAUUGCAGACCUGCCAAUGGUUCAGCUGGGUCAUAGUGGCAGCUGGGACCUGCAGCAGCUGCCUGCGGUGGUCCAGAGGCUGAAGGAGAGGGAGUGGAGGGUGGGAGAGCUGCUCCAGGCCCUGCUGCGCUACUGUGAGGAAACCUUCACUCCACCCCAGUCUGAACCCAGAGAGGAGACACCCCAGGCGGGGAGAGCACUCCACCACACUCCCCUCUUCCAGUGGCUCCUGGAGCACACCUAGGCUGACUUCACUUACCCUCACCUCUCGCUCCUCUCUCCUCUCUCCUCUCCUCUCCUCUCCUCUCCUCUCCUCUCCCCUCCCUCCUCACCUCUCACCUCCCUCCUCACCUCUCACCCCUCUCCCC